AGCGCGCGAGCAGCGGCGCGCGGCGACCCGCGCACGUGCCCGCCCCCGCGCGGCGCGAGGGGAAGGCGGAGGCGGGGCCGGGGCCGGGGCAGCGCCCGCCGCGGGAGGGGCGGCGGCACCUGCGGGGCGGCCCCGGCGCGGCCACCGGCGAGCGGGCGGCCGAGGGCGCGGAGCGGCGAGCCCCACAUCCCGCGCAGCCCGCCCGGCGUGCCCGCGGCGAUGGAGCAGGACAAGUACCUGCCCGAGCUGAUGGCCGAGAAGGACAGCCUGGAUCCCUGCUUUGUUCACGCGAUGCGCCUCCUGGAAGACGAAAUGGAAAAGUUUCAGGGUUCAGAAGGCAAGAAGGAAGAUGAAGAAAAGAAAUACCUUGAUGUUAUCAGCAACAAAAACAUAAAGCUGUCAGAGAGAGUUCUGAUCCCUGUCAAACAAUAUCCGAAGUUCAAUUUUGUUGGGAAAUUGCUUGGACCAAGAGGAAACUCUUUGAAGAGGUUACAAGAAGAAACAGGUGCAAAAAUGUCCAUCCUGGGAAAAGGAUCCAUGAGGGAUAAAGCUAAGGAGGAAGAACUAAGGAAAAGUGGAGAAGCCAAAUAUGCGCACUUGAGUGAUGAGCUCCACGUAUUAAUUGAAGUGUUUGCUCCACCUGGGGAGGCGUAUUCUCGAAUGAGUCAUGCCUUGGAAGAAAUAAAAAAAUUCCUGGUUCCUGAUUAUAAUGAUGAAAUUCGCCAGGAGCAACUGAGAGAACUUUCGUAUUUGAAUGGUUCUGAGGACUCAUCCCGUGGACGGGGCAUCCGAGGAAGAGGGAUCCGUGUGCCACCUGCAGCUCCUUCAAGGGGCCGUGGCGGAGCCGUCCCCCCGCCGCUGCCGGGCCGAGGCGCGCAGGCCCCGCGGGGCGCGCCGGUGCCGCGGGGCGCGCUCCCGGUGCCGCCGGUGGCCAGGGGCGUGCCCGCGCCGCGCGCCCGCGGCGCCCCCGCCGUGCCGGGAUACAGACCGCCGCCGCCGCCCGCACACGAGCCCUACGAGGAAUACGGAUACGAUGAUGGAUAUGGGGGUGAAUAUGAUGAUCCAAGCUAUGAGGCAUAUGAUAACAGUUAUGCCACCCAAACACAAAGUGUGCCUGAAUAUUAUGACUAUGGUCACGGAACAAGUGAAGAGGCUUAUGACAGCUACGCACAAGAAGAAUGGGCCACGACCCGUUCCAGCCUAAAGGCACCACCUCCAAGGUCAGCCAGAGGGGGUUACAGGGAACACCCCUAUGGUAGAUAUUGAAGGUCCUCCUCAUCUGUGACCUCAUCUCAAAGACAAUUAAUAGCCUGUGGUCUCCACAUAAACAGCAACAAGACAAGUAAUAGUCCAUUUCUUUUCUAUCCUAGGGAUUACUGCUCAUUAUUAUCCAAUGUACUACUUGUAUUUCCUAUAACAUUGGCGUGACAUUUGCAUUAGUAUUAUUUUAUAACACGGACUUAAAAAAACAGAGACAAAAAAACCUUUGGCAAGCAUUGUCUAUAAACUAUUCCAAGAUGAUGUUCUGUUGGUUGUAUUCAUUGCUGUGUGUAACUAAAAAGCAUGACACUGUUACAGCUCUUGAGUCUCUCUACAUACUAGUUAAGGCUGAGUUUCUGUUUAGGGUUGCUGAAAGACUGUAAUAUGAUUUCUUUUAUUAUUAUUUCCGAGCCAGACAAUAAUCAAGCUGUAGAUAAGAUGUUUUAACCUGUCUUCUUAAAUAUAUGUUAGUUUAGAUUAAGAUGCUCGAUAUUAAGUUUGUAAAUUUAAUUUUUAAUGCUGUUUUAAUGGGGUUGAAAACAAGCAGCUACUGUAUGUAUGUAGCUAACUGAAGUUGUUCAGUGUUUUAACCUGUAUUUGUUAAAAAAAUCACUUAAAGUUCCAUGUGUAAGCUUCUCUAAAUAGGAAACCAUAAUUUUGUCAAAUAUGUUUGCCAUAAUUUGUCAAUAAAGCUGAAACCUUUUGUAACAAACUAAAUUUGGAAUUACUUGUUUUCUAGCUUUAAAUGCCUGCUUUAUUUCUUUUUCAAGAGAUGCCUAAAAUGUUUUUAUAUAAAAAUUACAAAAAUGAACCCAAGCCUGUUUUAAGAUUUUUUGUGUAAGACUUUAAAAGUUGUAUUAAUAACUUCUGGUUGUUAAAUAAUAUAAAAGUUAACAAACUAAACUGUUACAUGAAUCAUGGUUAGU